AUGGUCUUGGAAUAUGCAAACGGAGGAAAUUUACAUGAUUAUUUAAGAAAUAAUUUCGAAAAUAAUGAAUAUAAGUUAAAAUUUGAAGAGCAACUAUGUUUUGCUAAAGACAUUGCGCUUGGCUUGAAAUUUUUGCACAAAGAGGAUAUUAUACACCGUGAUUUACAAGUGAUGAUAGCAGACCUAGGACUGUCCAAAUUAUUUAGUGAUGAUGCUACAAGAACUAGGACAGGUGAAUUAAAAGGAAGAUCGCCUUUUCAAAACGCAAGUACACCCCAAAUUCUUCUAAAUAUAGUUCAAGAUCUUCGAGAAGAUCCAAAUCCAGCCCCCCCAUUAAAUAUAAAAUCGGCCACAAAUAAUGAAGAUGAUAUUGUUAACAAAAUAAAGUCGCAGGCUGAUAAAAAAUUUGACGAAUAUAUUCUUAAAACCGAGCAACGCAUUUCUAGUUCAAAUACAAAUAUUGCAAACCUGCUCCAAGAGUUCAUAAACCUGUAUAUUAAGGAUAUGGUUACUAAUUCCGAUGAUACUGUAAAUGACAUAAAUAACUGGAUUAAAAAUAACACUAAAAAUUCGAAAAAAAUUUUUGAUUUUACCAUGAAAUUUGAAAUAAAACAUCGUGAGACAAUUCUAGCAUAUUUUUAUAUGAAAGGGUUUGGAACAAAUAAAGACUAUAAGGAAUGUUUAUCUUGGUGUAAAAAGGGUUGUGAAAAAGAAGAUAUCUAUUCUUAUUAUGAAGCUGCGUAUUGUUACAGGUACUAUUUUGGUACUUUUGAAGAUUAUAACGAAGCUUUUCGUUAUUUUAAUCUAGCGGCAAGUGGCGGAAUUUUAAAAGCAAAAUGUGAGCUUGCUAUAAUGCAUAUGAAUGGAAUGGGUUGUGAAGAAAAUAAAGCUAAAGCGUUUUGUUUGUUUAAAGAAGCCGGUGAACAAAAUAAAUUAGCAAGUUGUAUGAUUAGUGAUUGGUAUUGGAAUAGAAAUAAAUUUAAUUGA